AUGUCUGGUCGUCUGGCUACAUAUGAUUCUGCCUUAGAGAGCCGUUUACCAACUUAUGGUAAACUUCUUUUUGAGGCCAAAACAGCUAAAGCUCUGACAUUUGAGCAGCUAGCACAAAUUACUGGACGCACUGAGGUUGCAGUUGCAGCAUUAUUCUAUGGGCAAACAACUGCAACACCAGAAGACGUUGACAAGCUUAGCGCCGCCCUUGACAUUCCCCGCGAGGUAUUAGCGCAGCAGCUACUUGGCUUCCCAAAUCGUGGUCAAUCAGGACCUAUGCCACCCACGGAGCCGCUUAUUUAUCGCCUUUAUGAGAUAAUUCAAAAUUAUGGCUAUUCAUACAAGGCAGUUCUUAAUGAGAAGUUUGGAGAUGGCAUUAUGAGCGGAGUUAACUUUACUACUAAAGUUGAGGCAGAAGUUGACGAAACUGGUGCAAAAUGGGCCAUUAUUACAUUACGAGGCAAAUGGCUUGACUUUGCCCGUUUCUGA